AAGAUCAUCGGGGAGGCUUCUGAGAUGCUUAGGGAGACGUCCGGGGCAUCACGCCAGAACGGACCCAGACUCUACAGAGAGAGAGGAAGCUUCGUCUCCCUGGUCAUGCCAGUGCCUUAUUCUAUUGGAUUUCCCAGUGCUAACAAGGCCUGAAGAUGAGGGGGCUUUGGAAGCGUGUGAGCGGACGCUGAUGUGGGGCCGUGGAAAUGAAGAGAAUCCCUGACUCCUUAGACAUUUUCCUGGAGAUGUCUAACUCAUCAAAUAACCAGACUUGUCUUCCUGAUUCACAAGACGCUGGGCAUAAGAAGCAUCAUGGGUUGGGUUUCGGGGACAGUGUAAAUUCCAGGACAUCGGACUGGAGGACAUUGAUGGGUUGCCAGUGAAACAGUGCUUGGCACAAAGUAGGUUCACGGUGAAUCCGUUCUGGAUAAAUGAAAGACAAAGACAGACAAAUAAAAGAAAAAAGAAAAAGAAGCAGAGGAAGAGAGGAAGGAAAGGAAAAGGGAAAGGAAGGAAGGAAGGAAGAAAGAAAAGAAAGAAAGAAAGAAAGAAAAGUUCUCAAAGUUUUCAAAGUGUAUGCAACAUCAGUGCCCCCAGUUCGGAAGUGAGCAAAGGAACGUGCGAACCGCCACCCAGGACCGAGUCCUUGCCUUCCGGCCAGAAAUGUAACCCCUCCCCAGAACUGGCUUCUCAAAGAGCUAUAGAAGUGCUAAACAGUAACAGAUCUGGAGGCAGAAAACACUGUGACACUAAUUGUUCGGUUUCCUCCGGGUCCCCGGCGGAGGAGGCUGGCCCCGGCUGCCCAGGGCUGCUUCGGCCGGCCACCCCACGGCGCAGCGCGCGCCUCUUUUGACUUAAGUAUCCCGAGGACUGGAAAGGUGAAGAGGGAGGCGUCCAGGGGGCCAAGACGCUGCCCGCUCGGAUCCGGGCGGACCUGCAAAUAAUACCCGGGGCCGGGAGGAAGGCUCCCAUUGGCCGGAGGGCGGGUGAUGGGCGGGGGGCGGAGUUUCGGGGGCGGGGAGUAUAAGGGAGGGUGUGUGCGCACCCCGUGUCAGUUUCGGCGUCCCUGGCAGCUCACCUCUGCGCCGCCGCUUCUGGGUCACUCCUCCUCUGCCUACCGGGCGCCCCCACCUGGCCCUACGGCGCCCCGCAGCUCCCCGAGCCCCGGGGCCCUCCUUGCCUUUUCUCCGCGGUGCUUGGAUCCGGGGGACUUUCUGUUUGUUUGUUUGUUUGUUUGUUUGUUUUCUUCUCUUUCCUCUUUGUUGCUCUACAACCCUUCUCGCCGAAGCCCCCGGCUCCGGAGGGAGUUCGACUUGCGGAGGAAGUUGGCUGCCGCGCCCCGCACCGGCCCCUCCUGCGGCCCCGCGAGCGGGCGCGCCCACCCCGCCUGCCCGACCCGCUCGCUGCCUGCGUUCGUUCGCUAGAGGAAGCCAGCCGAGAGUUCAUUGAUGCACCCAUUCCAGUGGUGUAACGUUAAUGCAUUACAGAAAAUAUUACUAACUCCCAGGACCAGUAGUCCCAGGAUAGCAACUGCCUCCAGAAUUGGUUAAUCCAGCAACUCAGCUGACAAAAUCUUUCCUUCUUUCUCCUCUUUCCUGGUCCUCUGGGCACCAGAUUUAUGUUGAACUUCUCUCUUUCCAGUUGUAACUUGGCUGCCACCAUUGCAGGGUGUUUCUGCGGCCUGGGACUGGUGAGCACCAACAAGUCCUGCUCGAUGCCACCCAUCAGUUUCCAAGAUCUUCCCCUCAACAUCUACAUGGUCAUCUUUGGCACGGGCAUCUUUGUCUUCAUGCUCAGCCUCAUUUUCUGCUGCUAUUUCAUCAGCAAACUCCGGAACCAGGCGCAGAGUGAACGAUAUGGAUAUAAAGAGGUGGUGCUUAAAGGUGAUGCCAAGAAGUUACAGUUAUACGGGACCUGCGCGGUCUGUCUGGAAGACUUCAAGGGGAAGGAUGAGCUGGGUGUGCUCCCGUGCCAACACGCCUUCCACCGCAAGUGUCUGGUAAAGUGGCUGGAGGUCCGCUGUGUCUGCCCCAUGUGCAACAAGCCCAUUGCUGGUCCCUCGGAGGCCGCUCAGAGCAUCGGGAUCCUAUUGGAUGAGCUGGUGUGACGGCUGCCCCUGUACUAAGGCCUGGAGAAGACCUCUAGUCUCGUGGGGGGCCUGGUCCUUCCACACGGCUGUGGUGAACAAGACUGCUGGGUGGGGACAGCCAUGCUCGCCUGGAGCGGAGGGGGAGCAGGGCUGGUCUUCCAGCAUCAGGGUGAGACCAGACUUGGCCCACCUCUGCCUCCUGCAGCCUUCUUCCCUGCUUACUCAGUUCUGACGGCCUCACCCAUCAAGACCACUGCAUCCUGGUACUGGACUGUCUCCCUGCCUUGUCCCCGCUCUGGGGAAAGCAAUCCACUCCUAUUUGGCCAAGAAGUGGAGCACACCCCCUGCGGGUUGCCCUGAGGGAGACAAGCUGCCCUGAUCUGGAAGAAGGGAUGAGAUGGGCUCUGUCCCUCCUGUGACCUCCCGGCCCCUCCCCACUCCUUCCAGAGGAAGGUCAGAAGGGAAGAAAAGAUGGAGGAACCAGGUGCCUCCAGGGGAACUGAGGGAGGCUCUAGAGGAAACCGGGAAGAGCCGGGACUAGAGAAGGAAAGUCAAUGUUUACAUGAGACCUGUGGAAACAAAGGCUGGCCGGCCGGCCUGCUGACUGCAGGGUGGUGGGGGCGGCCCCUCUGCCUGCGAGCAUCCGAGGUGCUACCUGUCCCCUCUUCCUCUGUCAGUCUCAGAGCUUCCCAUUCCGUGGGUGCCCCCCUCCAGAGGAAGGGCUUCUACACCCAAAUGAAUUCCCAGGGGUUUUUCCUAAAGGAGCAAAAUGGGGCUUGGGGAGGAGGGGGCCGGAAGGUCAAGGUCGCAACGGACACCCUCUUCCCCUUUGUAAAUAGUAUUUUUGUACUUCAUCCUCACCAUCUCAGGUUUUAUACAUGGAAUCCCCCAAACGGAAGGGGUAGGGGGUUUUCUGUUUCUCCCCCAAAUGGCUGAGGGUGGGAGAAAGGUUAUGUAUUUAAAGAAAAUUAAAUUUAAUAACAAGUU